AUGAUACUAAACAUUCUCCGUCUGCCGCAUGCUGAUGAGCCAACAACAUCCCAAUCAGCCAAUGACUAUCCUCUCGUUCACUUCUCUCCACGACGGCAUCAAAAAUUCCGAACGAUUAUCAGCGUUGGUGAUUCUGAUGUCAUCAAAGACUCCAGUAUGACAGAUGAAGAGCUGUAUAACAUCAUUCAUGCAUCUCCGAUCGCCCGGAAACCAUCUACAGUAUCUUCAACGGAUUCUGGGUAUCUUGGGUCUUCUGGAGCAUCUUCUUCAUGUGUCAGAAGUCGUGAAGGCUCAACUGUCAGUUCUACGAUUACGGUAGAUCGGACAAGGCGUGGAGGGUCGACGACGUCUUCUGAAGGGAAUUCAGAAGCGGAUUCUGAGAAAAGUUAUUCAAGUUUCUCAUCGAUUGCAUCGACAGCUUCGAAAUAUUUGGGAAGAGCAGCGGAUUGUCUCGUUUUGAUGACAAAACGGAAUGGAUGGAGUGGUGGUGAUCGGGAAGAAGAAGAAGAAGAAGAUGACGAUGAGGAGAUUUUCAGAGCUGGCUCACCAGCCGAUGAAAAGGGAUCCGGAACAUUGGAUGCUCAAUCAUGGACAACAGCCAUUCAGUCAGCUUUGAUGCCAGUGACACCACAAAGUUCAGUUGUUGGUGGAAAACGAGUGGAUAAGCUGAAAGUGCCGACAGAAGGAGAAACGGGUCAUUUGGGAGCGAAGAUUCAAACGGAACAAGAAUUCUCUCAAUUAUAUCAAAUAUUCGCCGAAGAAGUUCUCGGAUCGGGACAAUUCGGAACUGUUUAUGGUGGUAUUCAUCGAAGAAAUGGACAACACGUUGCAGUGAAAUUAAUUGAUAAAUUGAAGUUUCCACCGAAUAAAGAGGAUUUGUUGAGGGCUGAAGUGCAGAUUUUAGAGCAAGUCGAUCAUCCAGGAGUCGUCCAUUUCAUGCAAAUGCUUGAAACAACUGAUCGAAUCUUUGUGGUGAUGGAGAAAUUGAAGGGAGAUAUGCUCGAAAUGAUAUUGUCAAGUGAGAAAGGACGACUUUCCGAGAGAACGACACAGUUCCUCGUUGCACAGAUUCUCGAGGCUUUGAGAUAUCUUCAUCAUCAAAAUAUAGUUCAUUGUGAUUUGAAACCAGAGAACAUUCUGCUCAAUUCGAAUUCCGAUUUCCCACAAGUCAAACUGUGUGACUUUGGAUUUGCCCGAAUUAUUGGAGAGAAGAGUUUCAGAAGGAGUGUAGUCGGGACGCCCGCUUAUUUAGCACCUGAGGUUCUCCGCAACAAAGGAUUCAAUCGAUCUCUCGAUAUGUGGAGUGUCGGUGUCAUUGUCUAUGUAUCAUUGUCUGGAACAUUCCCAUUCAAUGAAGACGAAGAUAUCAAUGACCAGAUUCAGAAUGCUGAAUUCAUGUAUCCACCGUCACCGUGGAAAGAGAUUUCGGAGAACGCAAUCGAAUUCAUCAACGGACUGUUGCAAGUGAAAAUGAGCAAACGGUAUACGGUGGCAAAGGCGCAAUCGCAGAUUUGGAUGCAGAACUAUACCCUCUGGUCAGAUCUCCGAGUGCUCGAAAAAGCUGUCGGUCAACGAUUUGUGACGCAUGAAAGUGAUGAUGUCCGGUGGCAUGCAUACGAGAAAGAGCACAAUGUCACUCCGGUCUACGUCUAA